CAGUUUGCAGAUUCGUAAUCAGCGUACAAAACACUAUAAGAAUCACCUAGUGGGAAUCGGAUCGUCCAAAAAAAGUUAAAAUUUGUUGUACUGUGUUAUUACUUCAAAUUCUCGAAGUUUUUAUUUAUGAGAACGGGCGAGGCCGCGACAGGGAUGUUAGUAAACUCAUAAAACAGUUUGGAUACGUAGGGUCGCGAUUAGAACAUUUCAGAUCUAUCGGAGUCCUGCAUAUUUCUUAACUAAAUUUAGAAGUUGUUAAAAAGAAUAAAAGUGUUUAAAUGCUGCAGGAGCUAAUAUUAACAAUUUGUUCUGAAAUAAUUUGCAAGAAGGUAAAUGUACACAAACUUAUUCUGUUUUCCGCAACGCGUAAAUGGGACUUUCCGUCUCGUUAAGCAUCGUACUCACUUCAGCAUUUCGGCCCGAACGAAUGCUUUCGGCGCACGAACGUCCGUUCGGGUGAAAUUUCUUUGCCCUCUCGAGCAUCGCAUUCGUGUAUACAAAAUCGUGCUCUGGCUGUUCGCGCAAACCUUUCUACCUGGGGUGUCGUAAACCAGUCGAAGUAAGAAUAUCGUCAGGAACGGACGUACUACCAGAAACCCGUCCACACCGAGCGCUUGUUCGCACGAAAAUACUUUGACUAACCGACAGCGGUCGGAAAGCGUUCGUUCGUGCUCGGGGCCUUCGCGAACACAGUAACGGGCCGUACUCACUUUGAAAUGGACGAGCAACACGAGAGUAACCAGUUGUCGAUACAACUCUUGAGGAAGGUCGACAUGGAGUGGACAAACGAAAUGGCACUUCGUCUCAUUGACGAAUAUGAGAGGUACCCGAUACUGUGGAAUCUGAAAGACGAAUUUCAUUAUUCGCGAAAUAAGAAAAUUGACGCGUGGGAAGCUAUUGCUAAAGUUUUUGGAGUGCAAAGCAGUCAAGCGAAACAAAAAAUGAAUAGUUUGCUAGCGUCUUUUCGCCGGGAAAAAGCAAAGGGUGCAAGGAGUAUUGGAAAGGGAAAAGCUCGUAAAGAUGUGUAUAUAUCAAAGUGGUUCGCUUUCAAGCGAAUGCUUUAUUUAUUAGACAAAGACGAACCGCGAGCAACAUUAGACACAAAGAAGGUCCCUGCAGUACCACGUGCUUUCCAUCCAUUGAUCCUAUGCAAUUUGGGAAAUUCCGAAAGCUGCAAUGAGGAAAAUAAUGCAGAACAGCCCAUACCUCACAAAAACCCGAUCGAAAAUACGGAUACGAAUGAAAUUGCUACUCCAGUGCCUCCGAAACGUCAUAAGCGAGCUUACGAAAAAAGGGAUGAGGAGAGAUUGGAGGAAGCAUUCAAGAUUUUAAAACAAUCAAUAUCAAAGGAGCAACCGGACGAGUGCGAGACUUAUACGAAACAUAUUGCCAAUAAGCUCCGAAGUUAUAGCAUUCGCACACGUGCUCAAGUAGAGUAUGCUAUUAACAAAACUUUAUUCGAGGCAGAUAUGGGGAUGUAUGAUCUAGCUGCAUCAAAUCAGCAUUAUCAUACUCACUCCGUUCAGCAUUUCCAAAAUCAUGAAAUGUCAAGGAAUUUCCAUAGGAAACCGGCUUCACCUACUCCGACUGCGAUCAUUAAUAUUUUAAAUGCCGAAAAAGAUUUGUAA